UAAAAGAAACCCCUUUCACGUUGUAUCCAUGGCAAUACCCCAACUAACAAGUCAAUCUGAUUCAUAGUUUUGUCAAUUUAGUUUCAAUACAGUGUUUGAGUUCUUGUAGUAAACACAAGAAACGAAAAUGUUUGGUGGUGCUUUAGAAAAACCAAAGCUUCCGGAGAAAAGGCCGAAAAAAAGAGCGGACUUUCAAGACAUUCUUAUGCCAGGAGUUGAACCAGGGACUUUUGGACACGUUGCUCGACCUCCCGAUUCAAAUUAUUCAACGCGAAUACGACAAUAUCACCAACGCAACGAUUCUCUUUACAAUUCGGGCAUUGAGAAAGAAGCCAAAAAAGUAGCCAAAGAAAAUUAUUUAGUAACAUGGGAAACCCACACUGGUUCUUCAAGAUUUAAAAGAAACUUAAAUUUACGACUUCAAGAAAAAAUGAAUGCAUACGAUGACGAAAUCGAAAGAAAACGGGAGCGAAUGAGGAAAUUAAUGGCUGAAGACGAACGCGAUUUUUAUUACGAAACCAUUGAUAACUUACAAAAAGGAAAAACACUUAAGUUGAACGAAAUAAAAGAGAAAAUUGCACGGUUACGAAGCGAAAGAGAAACCGAACGAUUAAAAUUGGUUGAGCAAAAGAGACUUCAACAAUACGCAGAUCGCUGUGAAGAAUUACGCCCAAUAAUGGCCGAAAAACGUCUUAAAGAAUCAAAAAUAAUUCAAUUACAACAAAUGCGUGAAAAUGAAGCUAGAAGACAAGCUGAUAAGGAACUCGAUGGGAUGUGGUAUCAAAUGAUGCAAAAGGAAUUAUUUUGUAGGAUGCAACGAGAAGAACAAGAAGAAAUCGAUCUCCACUUAAAACAAGUCCAACAACGAGAAGAUCUCGAAAAACAAAUUAAAGGGAAUAUACAAGCUCGAGAAGAAGCGAAGCGAUUGAAAGAAGAAGAUCGAAUUGAAUUAGAACGAAUGAUUGCGGAAUUAAAAGAACAAGAAUUACAAAAGUCUAAUGAUGCGCGUAAAAAGAGCAAAGAAAACGCGGAAGAACUACGAAAACAAAUUGAAUUCCAACGGCAACUUCUUGCCGAAAGAGCCAAAGCGGAAGAGGAAUUAGAAAUGGCUUACACGAAAUUAGCUCAGGAACAAUACGAGAAGGAAAGAUCGGGAAUCAAAAAUACAAAAUCCGUUGCAAAUAGAGAACUCAAAAUGUACAGCGAAUAUUUGAAACAACUUAAAGUUAAUGACAAAAUCGAAGAAGAAAGAUUAGGUCAACUUUUGAAAGAAUUUAGUUUGGCAGCACAAAAGAAAGAGGAUGAUGCGAGAUGUAAAGUUAUACAAGCGAAACAAAAAUUAUUAGAGGAUACCAUAAAAGGAAUCGCGGAACAAAGAGCAUAUAAACUUAAGAAGGCGCAGGAAGAACUUAAAGAACAAGAGGCGGCUAAUGAACUCAUGAAACUUUGCAUUGACACUAAUAAUAAGCUUAUAGAGGAGUAUAAAAGGAAUCAGUUUUGCGUUAAACAAAAAUAUAAGGAAGAUUUGGAGAAGCAAAUUAAUUAUAAUAAAUUAUUGAAGGAACGUGAAAACGCAGAACUUGAAAGAAUGUUGGAACUCGGAAGAAAAGAAGAGGAAGAUUACAAACAGAAAGUUAAGGAUAUAAUUGAACAAUCGUUUAACGAUGCCGGUUUCAAACAUCCAUUUAGGGCCGUUUUAGAACAAUACGAUUGCAGAUGUCCUGAAACGCCAGUGGUUCGUCCAAAAUAUUAACAAUACAAAAACUAACCAUA